AACAUGCAAAACACACAAUAAUAAUCCACUCACAAAGUAAAAAAAAUCACACCGAUAUUCUACAAUUUGAAAAAAAAAAAUAUCUUAUUCAGUUAUAAUGGAUCUUUCACUUGUACUUGCUUCUUCAACUCCAUCUAUGUCCACCAAAAUGUUGCUUCAUCCUCCGAGGAGAAACUCAUCGUCAUUCCUAGCAAACAAGAAAUUCAGAGUCCCUCCUCCAACUCAAUGCAAUAUUAAUGCAUCAACUAAAGUUUCUGAUAAUAGCCAAGCAAUUGUUCGUCGAUCUGAGAACUUUUUUCAACCCUCUAUUUGGCAUUAUGAUUAUAUCCAGUCAUUGAGCAGUGAAUAUAAGGGAGAUGUGUACGUAGAGAAAAGCCAAAUGCUAAGGGAAAAAGUAAGAAUGAUGCUUUUCAAAGUGGAAAAUAGUGUUGAUCAACUUGAGCUUAUUGAUGUCUUGCAAAGACUUGGAGUGGCCUAUCAUUUUAAUAAUGAAAUAAGGAACAUGUUGGACAAUAUUUACAACUUGAUGGAUAACUCAAAGAAGGAUAAUAAUUUAUAUGCUACAGCACUUGGGUUCAGACUCUUAAGGCAACACGGUUAUGAUGUAUCAACAGAUAUGUUUCUGAGCUUUCAAGAUGAAAUGGGCAACUUCAGUCAACACUCAUCAAUUGAUGUUGAGGGAAUGCUAUCACUUUAUGAAGCCUCAUUUCUUUCAUUCGAAAAUGAAACUAUAUUGGAUGAAGCUAAAGAUUUCACCUCAAAAUAUCUCAAAGAAUAUUUGAGCAAGAAUAAUGAUGAAAGUAAUGAUCAUCAUGACCACUACUUAUCACUCCUAAUUAAUCAAGCUUUGGAGCUUCCAUUACAUUGGAGAAUUCCUAGAUGGGAGGCUCAAUGGUUCAUUAAUGCAUAUGAACAAAAGAAAAACAUGAAUCCACUUUUACUUCAGUUAGCUAAAUUGGAUUUCAACAUUCUUCAGACAAUAUACCAAGAGGAACUCAAAGUCUCAUCAAGAUGGUGGAAGAACACUGGGCUUGGUGACAAGUUAAGCUUUGCAAGAGAUAGGAUGGUAGAGAAUUACAUUUGGACUGUUGGAAACAAUUUUGAGCCACAGUUUGCGAAUUUAAGAACGGUCAUAACAAAGGUCAAUGCCCUAAUCACCACCAUUGAUGAUGUUUAUGAUGUCUAUGGAACCUUCGAAGAGUUGGAGCUUUUUACAGAUGCAAUUGAAAGAUGGGAUCCAUUUACCAUUGAUAAUCUCCCAGAUUACAUGAAAUUGUGUUUCCUAGCACUUUAUAACUUCGUGAAUGAGUUGGCAUAUGAAAUUUUCAAAGAUCGUGGCUACAAUGUCACUCCAUACCUACAGAAAUCGUGGAUAGAUCUAUGCAAAUCAUAUUUUAUUGAAGAAAAGUGGAAUCAUAGUGGAUAUACUCCAAGCUUCGAAGAAUACAUAGAGAAUGCAUGGGUCUCCAUAAGUGCACCUGUUAUACUUGUUCACACUUAUGUUCUGAUUCCACAAUCAUUUAAAGAAGACGAAUUGCUUCAGUACUCUGACGUCAUCAAAUAUUCAUCAAUGAUUUUACGCCUUGCUAAUGACCAGGGAACAUAUGAGCGUGAGAAUGAGACUGGUGACUUCAUUAAGUCAAUUCAAUGUUUGAUGAACGAAAAUGAAGUUUCUGAAACAGAUGCACGUGAACGCAUAAAAUCCAUGUUAAGCAUAGUAUGGAAGAAGAUGAACAAAGAAGCUCAUGAUUCUCCUUUGUCUAACCGUUUCAAAGAAAUUGCUAUGAACCUUGGAAGAAUGGCACUAUGCAUGUACCAACAUGGAGAUGGCCAUAGCAUUCAAUAUUCUCAAAUCAAAAAUCGCAUAUUAUCAUUACUUAUUCAACCCAUUCAAGAUAAUAUAUAUGUAUGAAGGGCAUGCAAAAAAGUAAUUAUAUAAAUCUCAUAGGUGAAUAAUUAUAUAACAUUAUCUAGAAUGACAUUUUCUUUUCAUUUCAAAAUCUGAGUGCUAUAUAUGUAUAUCCAUUUGCUAUUGAAAUAAAUAAAGAGACGAGCAUUAGCAGUUGUUCUCUCCA